CUUUUUCUUCUGUUCAAUCUAUUUAUCAUGGAUAUAGGAGGCUCUUAUGGACUUGGUGGUCCCAAUAUUACUAUUAAAGAAUUAACAAAAGAUCGCAUUAGUUUUAUACUAAGUGAUACUGAUUUAAGUGUGGCCAAUUCACUUCGUCGAGUCAUGAUUGCUGAAGUACCUACUGUUGCUAUUGAUAUGGUUGAAAUAGAGACCAAUACAACCGUCCUUGCCGAUGAAUUCUUGGCUCAUCGUCUUGGUAUGGUGGCUAUUGACAGUCGAGAUGUAGAUAAAUUAAGAUAUACAAGAGAUUGUACUUGUUCACAGUAUUGUCCAGAAUGUUCAGUUGAAUUGACACUUCAUGUCAAAUGUACAGAAGAUAGAACAAAAGAUGUGACUACGCGCGACCUUUCAUCUUCCAACCCUUCUUUUAUGCCUGUCUUACAAGACAAGGAUGAUUCAGGUGUUUUGUUAGUCAAAUUACGUAAAGGACAUGAAUUGAAAUUAAAGUGUAUUGCUAAAAAGGGCGUUGCUAAAGAACAUGCUAAAUGGAGUCCUGUUAGUGGUGUUGCAUUUGAAUAUGAUCCUUAUAACAAAUUAAGACAUACUUCAUAUUGGUUUGAAGAAAGUGUGGAUGAAUGGCCAUUAAGUAAAAAUGCACAAUAUGAAGCACCGCCCGAAAAAGAUGCUCGUAAGUGAUGGACAUGGUAAGCGAUAGGUUGACUGAUGGCCCUUUUAUAGCUUUUGAUUAUAAUGCAAAACCUGACAAGUUUUAUUUCGAGACAGAGACUGUUGGAUCUUUAGCACCUGAAGAAGUAGUUACCAUGGCCAUGAAGAUCCUAGUUGACAAACUGGCUUAUGUUCAAAUGCAAAUUCAAGAAGAAGUAGACACAAAAGAACAAGACAAUCCAAAUGCUUGGAGUA